AUGAGUUAUAAACAUCAAAAGUAUAAAAUUACUCGAGAUACACAUAUAAGAGCUAUCAAGUUAGCUCUUAAAACACCUGCUAGUCCUAAACCACCUAGUAUACAAGCAGCUGCAUCAAGUUUUGGUAUUGCAGAAGCAAUUCUAAGGCAUGCAAUGAAAAAAGAUUGUUUACCUAACCACUCCAGUUUCAUGACAGUCUUGAGUAGCUAUGAAGAAGAACAAUUAGUAGACUAUUACAAAAACAUACAAUGGUCCUGGCAAGCUCCUAAGGUUCAAAAAGUUCUUGCAGAAAAAGGCAUCUGUCAAGUUCAUAAGAUUGUACAUGGUAAUUCUCAUGAUCAUAUUUCAGUUGCACCAACAAUUUUAGCUGCUGAUGAUUAUAUCCUUCCAUUAAUUAUAUACAAGGGCAUUCAUGCAAUUUCUGGUUUGUUAAAUGGUGCUUCAUCUGAUAUGGUUAUAGGCUUUACUAACUCAGGAUAUAUGUGUGAAGAACUCUUCCAAAUGUAUAUUAAACAUUUUAUAAGUUCUAUUUCUCCUUGUUAUUCUGUUCUUUUAAUGCUUAACGGUCACAGCAGUCAUAUAAAUUAUAUGAGCAUUAAUUUUUGUCAUGAAAAUGGAAUUUUACUAUAUGUAUUGCCAUCCUAUACAACACAUAUUCUUCAGCCAUCAGAACUUUCUUUCGCCAAACUUAAAACCAAAUAUAGUAAAAAUUGUGAUCAACUUCAUCAUAUAAUUGGCGAAUUGGUGACUAAAACUACAGGCAUUUGGUCUUUUAAUCCUAAUACCAUUAGUCCUCAUCAUCUCAAUCCCUCUUUAACUACU